GGGAACGGACAGACCGUACAGAUUACUGGUCACGGUGAAGGUCGCAUCGGAUCCGCGCUUGCUUUUCCAUUCCACAGGCAUGGAUGCCGCGUCUUCACGACAGCUCAAAAUCUUGAAAAGGCACAACAUUUGACGAAAGCUGGGAUUGAAGUACUAGAACUGGAUAUUUGGACGCAGUGA